UAACCAACAGGAACAAGAAGAUUCAUUUAUACUGACCGAUUCUUGAUAUCAUUAUGGUUUUCACGCUCAGGAUUCAACGACGUUUGUCAAAUGAUUUUAGGAAACAUGCGGUCUGGCUUAUUCUAUUGGCAAACAUUAUAUAUUCAGUUUCAGGUAAAUGCUCGUGUUAUUCAUAUCACCCAGAAAAGAGCUCAUUGUCUGGAAGCCGUUCAGUGUGUCAGAAGGAGAAUGGUGAUUUAGUUUCACUUGAAACACUUGGUGAAUGGGAAUUUAUUAAAGACGAAAUUCAAAAUAAAUCAACUACUGAAGACAUUCCCAAUGAAUGGUGGAUUGGACUGAAGUAUGAUAAUACUGGAAAACAAUGGAAAUGGCUGAGUAAUAUUACUCUGACUUAUAAUAGCACAUGGCAGCCGAACAAACCCGAGGGCGAAAGCAAAAGAACUUGUGCUCUUAUUGCAAAGGAUUUCCCUGUAGGUCGUCAGAAAGGUUCGUUUACCAAUGUUAAAGAAUCGACAGUAAAUAGGGGAUUCAUAUGUGAAUAUACAGAAGUUACAGAUGGGAAAAGUGUUUGCAUUGGUAAUAAACAAUGGUGUUCACCAACAAGGUCUACCCUUCGUCCUAUGACGCAAAUUCCCUCAGUCAAAACCUCUAUAACCCGACAGCCAAGUAGCAUUACCUCAACAAAAACAGCCAGUAAUAUGAAUCCAGCUUCGCCAUCAUCGCAGCACAGUGAAGCCACAUCGCCGUUCCCAGUAUAUAUAAUCAUUAUUAUCUUGCUGAUUUUACUUGUGGUUGCGUUUGCAUUAGCUGUCUUUAUUUACAGACUGAAAAAAAAGAGAGAACUAAAGCCAAGAAACAGCCAUCUCAGCAAAGGAUCUCGUGUGCCAGUUAAGCUAGACCACAACUCUUCUUCUGACAAUCUYAACGAUAAAAUCAUUUACGCUGAUGUGGUUAAUAUGGAUGGACAAAAAAUCCAAAUAAACAGUCAAACACUGGAUGUCCCUGCACCAAAUACGAAUGCAAAUAAAGUUAGCCCUUACUCUAGCAAUGGUGUUAUAUACAGUAACCUAAWYAAUGAAAAGAAAACAAGCUACGGARAAAAGAAUGAAAAGAAUAUGCUAACGACGUGCAUGUAUGCYAACUUUGAUCAGUCCAAGACUUGUGAAUUGUACGAGGAGGAGCAAGAUAGCCAGAAAUCAAGACUUCUUUAUGUCCAAAUUGCUGAUUUGAAAGAAUCCAACCCAACGAGUCCGCCGCCAACGAUGCCAGAACCAUACAGUGAUACAGACUACGCAGUCAUUACAUCCACAAACUACCGUCCAAACUAGGCUAGCGGACAUGAUGUUGGUUGUCAUUUUAUAGAGAGCACUAGGGAUUGUGCAAUAAGGAUUGCGGGAGGGUGCAAAAAAAAAAAAAAAUCGAAAAUAUAACUGGAAACCAAGGUAUAGAAUAGGACACUAACUAGGAAUUUAUUCAAAAAGCCAGGAAGUGUCUGAAUUUCCAAUCUCCAUUUAGUUCCCCUCCCCCCUCCCCUCCUCCAGCGUCCUCACUAACGGCACUGCUGACUUUGAUUAAAACUGAUUAAGAUUGUUCAUACAAUAUUUAAAUAUCAUGCAAAAUAGAAAUGGAAAUUAAAGGUAUGGAACAUCUUA